AUGGGUCCCAAUCCCUUGGUCAUGAUGGGCGCCAGCAAGCCUGCAAGGAUCAGAAGGUCUAAACAGGUCCCUCAGGUCCGCCGAAAGGUUGAACCGAGACGAAAGGGUGGUUUUUAUGGAUGUCUUUUGUCCACCCGUCAACGCCCUCCAUAUCUCUCGCUGGCGAGAACUUUGGAGAGGAAUCAAAAACUAGUCCUAGUUGGCAGCGCGAAUCAUACAGAAGGAGUUCUCCUGUCAGUGUCGGUGGGUCUUCAGACUGCGUUCUGCCAUGACAACUUUUGGUGGAGUCGUGUUUGCGAAGGUAUUGGAUCAUUAUGGAAUUGUCAGCUCACGAAACAGUCUUCACCUUUGCAAUGGCCGUUAUUGCAGGAGGAUACUUGUGGUUGGUGUUGGAAGCAUCACCGGGACCCAUCUCGAGUUGGAGUCAAAGUUUCGUGCUUGUCUGGUGUUGUGAAAGACCCUUCCAUCGAGUUGAGUCUCACAAUUCUGUGUCGCACUGUUGAAGCUGGGUUGCAUUGUUGGAUCUAG